AUGGCGGCUCCACUGAGAGGCAUGUUCUCUGGGCAGCCACCUGGGCACCCGGGGGACUCCAGGGGUCAGGCUUCACUUCUUCAGGCCGCGCCAGGCCCUCUGAGAGCUUCUAACAGUACCUUGGUGGACGAGUUGGAGUCCUCUUUUGAGGCCUACUUUGCCUCUCUUGUGAGUCAGGACUUCGUCAAUGGCACAGAUCAGGAAGAAAUUAGAACUGGUGUUGAUCAGUGUAUCCAGAAAUUUCUGGAUAUUGCCAGACAGACGGAAUGUUUUUUCCUACAAAAAAUAUUGCAGUUAUCUGUCCAGAAACCAGAACAAGUUAUCAAAGAGGAUGUCUCAGAACUGAGGAAUGAAUUACAGCGGAAAGAUGCUCUGGUCCAGAAACACUUGACAAAACUGAGGCAUUGGCAGCAGGUACUGGAGGACAUCAACGUGCAGCACAAAAUCCAGCUGAAAUCCCUCAGGGCUCCUUGGCCUACCUCGAGCAUGCGUUUGCUAAUAUCCCUGCACCAAUGAAGCAAACCUGAGUCAAAGCUGGCCUGAAGGUGAUCCGGCAGUACUUCUGCAGCCAGGCAUCCUGAUUUGUUUUGUUUCCUUCAACCUUGAAGGCUCCU